AUGAUGAUAAUUCUCAAAAGUUGUCUAUGUAUGAUUAUGAAAAAUAUGAAAAAUCCUACACUAAAUUAGAUGAUUUCAAUAAGUGGAUACUUACAACUGAAACUGUUGUGAAAGACGCUUUAUAA